AGAGAGAGAGCGUCAGCCUCAGAGCCGCCACAGGGACGAUGGUGGAGGGCUGGUAAACAUGGCGGCUCUCUGCGAGGAUGGGAGCUAUGGAUUAAACUGCGGCCAGCAGGGAGGCAGGGUGUCGGUGCUGCACGUGAAGCUGACGGAGACGGCGCUGCGGGCGGUGGAGACCUACCAGGCCCAGACCCAGACCCAGACCCAGCACCAGCAGAGCCUCCAGGGCCACCGGAGCCAGCAGAGCCGCCCCAGCCGGCCGGGCUGCACGAAUGCACCUUCACUGCAGCCUACAAUACAAUUCAAAGGACUUCAAGGGUGUGUUAAAAUUCCCAAGACCGACUCCUCCUCCUCAGACACCUUCCACAGUUUUGAUUUCUACCUGUCUAAUGUGGGCAAGGACAACCCUCAGGGAAGCUUUGAGUGCAUUCAUCAGUAUGUGUCCAGCUCAGGGGCCUCACACCUGGCAUUGUUGGCAACAGUACAGGACAAGGUCACAGUGUGUGCAACCAGUGACUCCUAUCAGGUGACCCGGGAACGUAUGACCCAGGCUGUGGAGGACACGCGUGAACGUGGGACCAAAGUUAUUAAGCCUGGGGGCCAGUACAGAGGAAAACAAGUGCAUACUCGGAAGCCGGCACUAUCAGCCCCCGAUGUCGUCCCCGAGCGCAAACGCUCCACUCCUAUCAACCCAGCCAACACUAUACGCAAGUGUCUUUCCAAUAACCCAGUGUCUCAGAGACCAUUUCGUGACCGCAUCAUUCACCUGCUGGCACUAAAAUCGUAUAAGAAGCUGGAAAUCCUCGGCCGUUUGCAGCGGGAUGGUAUCAACCAGAAGGACAGAAACUCACUGGGGACCAGCCUGCAACAAGUGGCCAACUUGAAUCCCAAAGACAACACAUACUCAUUGAAGGAGUUCAUAUAUCGUGAUGUUCAGCGUGAAUGGCCUGGUUAUUCUGAAGAUGAGAAGAUCCAAAUUGAUCGCAACGUGGCUCGCAAAUUAGGUCUUCCUGUUGAGACAAUCCCUACUAGCAACUCGCCUAAAGACUGCGUCCCAACAUCCCCUCAGAAACGCCAGCCAGACUUUGACUUCAUUGACCCCCUGGCUCCCAAGAAAGCCCGCAUUUCUCAUCUUAGCAAUCGAGGUUCAUCUGCCUCUGGCUCUGAGCGUCGUGAGGAUGAGGGCACCGCCAGCUCUAAACGCUCAUCCCUACCUCCCACUGUUUCCUCAGGCCCUCCCACUCAUCUACCCGUCUCGUCCCACCCUCCCGCACUCUCUCGCCAGCAGCCCAGCCCGGCUUCCAACUCAAACUCCCCCAGCACCCCAGAGGGCUGCGGCACUCAGGACCUCCCUAUGGACCAGAGUUCCUCCUGCAGAGAUCCUUCCCCCAGUCCCUUCGCCUCCAACAGGACCGUGCAGGACCGCUACCAACAUCCUGUCCCCAGACCGGCCGCCUCUCCCAGCCCUCCUCCUCCUCCUCCUUGCACCUCUCUUACAGUCACCUCCACUGUCAUCACCAGCCCUCCCUUAGCAAGCAAUACAAGUAAAAAGUUCAAAAAGAAGUCCAAAAAGCACAAAGACAAGGAUCGAGGGAAGGAGAAAAGAAAACAAACAGAAAAAACCAGCAUUAAGCCUCCUGUUGUUGUACCAGAGCAGGCUGAAGAGCGUAGCAGAGCCAAAAAGAAGCGCAGUUCUCAAGACGAGAAUGGUGAAGUCCACAAUAAAGAUGAAGAGAAAGAGAAGCCAAUCCAGUCCACUGAAUUGUCACCCAAAAUUGAGAUGCCUGACUAUGCAGUGAGGUACAAGCCACUGGUUUCAGUCGACCAGAGACAAAGCUACAAGAAUGACUUCAAUGCAGAGUAUGAUGAGUACCUCCAGCUGCACGCUCGUGUGGAAAGUAUCUUUCGGCGUUUUACCCAGCUUGAUGCCCAGUGUCGGAAGCUGGCCCCUGGCACCAAAGAGCAUCAGAAGGUGCAAGAAGAAGUCUUGAAAGAGUACAAAAAGAUGAAACAACACAACCCCAACUACCAUGAAGAGAAACUGCGCUGCGAGUACCUGCACAACAAACUGGCCCACAUCAAGCGCUCAAUAGCUGAUUUCGACCAGCGCAGAGCCCAGGCCUGGUGCUAAGAGCAAAGAGCCUUUUCACUGAUCAGUAUUGUGAAUGGAGUGACCAACUCGCUCUUAUUUAUUAACACCUCUUCAUUUUCUGGAUCUACAACCUUCCCCCCCUUUUCCUUCUGCUCCUUCUUCAUUCCCUCCUUUUUUUUUUUUUUUUUGCUGAUCCGAUUCCACGGGCUUCGUUGUUGCCUGAAAACCUUAAGUUUCUCAGUUUGCUUUUACUCCCAUCUUUUUGUUUCUAAAUGUUUUUCUUGAUUAAUUAGUUCCUGUGGACAAUGAUACCACUGGACCAAUAGAAGGGGCCACCUGCAUGAGCAAUGGUGUGCAGAAAAAAACUUAAACUCUAACUUUUGAAGGACACUCUCUUCAGUAAAAAGUAUUUUGAGGAUCAGAGAAAAUAUUAACAAGUAUUUAAGUUAAAAAAAAAAAAAGAGGAAGAUCUAUUUAUUUUGACUUGGUGCAAAAAAGAGUCAGCAGAUGAUAUAUUGUUUAAUUUUUCUUAAAGCAAAAAAAAAAAAAAAAAAAAAAAAAAUUACCACAGGCCUUAUGUGUUUUGUGAAGCCAUUUUGCACACAAGAUCCAUACGUCAUCUCAUCUUGCAUAAAUAUUUCUUCUGCCUCAUUUCCUGUCUUUUUAAAAGGAAACUGUACUGGAAACCAUUAUUAUAACAAAUUACAAUCGAUGCUGAGUGAAGAGGUUGGAAAUGAGGCAAUAAGAAAUUAAAUAACUUGAGCUUAUUAAGAAGCAACAGAAUGUGUGGGUUGUAAAUUUGGUUGUAAUGACCACAAGGGAUAGUGUGUGUGGGGUACCUGAGGGAGUAUGAUCCUUUCUGAUGUCACUCGUGGGGCGGGGGGUGGGGUCAGUAUUCCUUGCACCAAACAGUGUAUAAUGUUCACGGUGCCUUACAGCGUUUACAUUCAGAAACAUAGAGUUGGGCCGAUCCUUGGGGUCCACAGACUAUGCAAAGGAACUACAACUGCCUGGAAACUGUUGCGUGAGUGAGUGUGUAUGUGUGUGUGCGCUUAUGCAGAUGUCAAACCAAUGGAGGACGACGUGUGUGUACAUAUGGUUGCAAGUUAUUUGAGUAAGGGGUUGGGGAAGUGGAACGGAGAAUUGUUAUAAACGUGAAAAACAAAACAAAAAAAGCUGCUACAGUGUUUGACCAGCCAAAGCAACGGGGAUCGACCUGGCUGAGGUGACAGUACCUGAUCCAAGUAGGAGCGAUGCAGAAGAUCUUUAUUUUUCUGAGCAGUUCUUCUCUAAACCCUGGAAGGGGCUGAGCCCACCUCGCAAGCUUAAUCCAGCAGCAGACAGUCUGUUCUACAAGAAGCCACCUGGUCAUCCACCAGAGAACUCGUCUCUACUCUGGUGUUUAAAUGUAUUUCGUUCUCAGUUUGACUUCCACAGAGUAGUGAAAUAUUUCAGUUUUUUUUUUUUUUUUUUUUCCAGCAUUAACAAAAAUGUUUUGUAAUUUAUGGAUGAAUGGCUUCUGGUUUAUUCUUAAUUUCAACAAGGGAAACAUUGUUUACAAACUUGUGUUAGAAUAUUUGCCAAAAAUGAAAUGCCUUUCUGGUUCUGCUUUUAUUGGGUCAAAUUUCUGAUAGGAAUGUGAAGUGGAAGAGAGAUUAAUAUUGAUCUUUAUUGAAGUCACAUUCACUGAAGAAUACAGACAUCUUUAAGUUUGGAGUAGGGGGAAGGAACUUCGUCACUGAUGUAACUCUACAUGAGCAGUAGUCGGCCUCUUUCCAGACGUUCAUGUCUUAUACUGGAGGGGGGCAAUAUACAGCUCUAUUCCCCCAACCAAAUCAGAUAUUUAAGUAAAUGUUGAUAGUUCUGUUUCUUUAAUAUUUUGAUUGUGACAUUCGGUCAAAAAGUCAGUCUCUGCAGUAGACUGGCUGUUGAGGUCGUCGGUCACAAUCGAAUGGAAAACUGCUUGAUUUCUCUACAGUUACUUUCAACAACAAAAUGAUAAUGAAUGAAGAGAUUCAGCACCUGCAGGUGGGCGAUAUCACUAAAGCAAUUACACAUCCCCACAGCUGUGGACUACUUGGGUUUAUUUUGGUAUUUUACUUUGCAGUGCUUUAUUCCCAGAAAUGAGAGCUACUAGGGGCCAUUCCAACAAAGGUUGCUGGAGAUCAGAGCAUUUCCUUAAGUCUUGAAAUUGUAGUCAGUCACGUCUUGUCUUCUCGGCCUCCUGAAGACUUGUCUUAAUCUGAGAUUUUCUUGAGUUUGGUCAGAACAUGGAUUUAAUAUAAUGUGACUCACUGUGGAGGGAGGACGGCAGGAGAGGGGUUGAACAGUCUUAAUAAGGAAAAGACCCAGGCAAUGUUUAGAGACCAGAAACUACAAGAAAUCAAGUACAUCUGGAUUGAGAUGUCCUGCCCACCUGAACAUGUACAACACAUUUCAAUAAAAUGAACCUAGUUUCACUUGAAAACUG